GCUGCUGGUCCGCUCGCCCGCAGCGUCCUCUUCUGCUGCUCCCGACGGCCGGAGCCCGGAGUCCGGAGCCCGGUUGCCCGGUCGCGCUCGGUCCCGUGGGCAUGCGGCAACCGCAGGGGCCCCGGCUCCCGGGCUCGACCGCGCGGGCGAGCGUGAGCGGAUGUUCAGUUCUUCUCCACCAUGAAUGAGUGUCACUAUGAUAAGCACAUGGACUUUUUUUAUAACAGGAGCAACACCGACACCGCCAAUGAGUGGACAGGAACGAAGCUUGUGAUCGUUUUGUGUGUGGGAACAUUUUUCUGCCUGUUUAUCUUUUUUUCAAAUUCUCUGGUCAUCGCAGCAGUGAUCAAAAACAGAAAGUUCCAUUUCCCCUUCUACUACCUGUUGGCUAACUUAGCUGCUGCAGAUUUCUUUGCUGGAAUUGCUUAUGUAUUCCUGAUGUUUCACACUGGCCCCGUGUCCAAAACGUUGACGGUCAACCGCUGGUUUCUCCGCCAGGGGCUCCUGGACACGAGCUUGACCGCCUCCCUGACCAACUUGCUGGUUAUCGCCGUGGAGAGGCACAUGUCCAUCAUGAGGAUGCGGGUUCACAGCAACCUGACCAAGAAGCGGGUGACCCUGCUCAUUGCGCUCAUCUGGGCCAUCGCCAUCUUCAUGGGCGCGGUCCCCACGCUGGGCUGGAAUUGCCUGUGUGACAUCUCCGCCUGCUCCUCCCUGGCCCCCAUUUACAGCAGGAGUUACCUCAUUUUCUGGACCGUGUCCAACCUGCUGGCCUUCUUCAUCAUGGUCGUGGUAUAUCUGCGGAUCUACAUGUAUGUCAAGAGGAAAACCAACGUCUUGUCUCCGCAUACGAGUGGGUCCAUCAGCCGCCGGAGGACGCCCAUGAAGCUCAUGAAGACGGUGAUGACUGUCUUAGGGGCCUUCGUGGUAUGCUGGACCCCAGGCCUGGUGGUUCUGCUCCUGGACGGCCUGAACUGCACGCAGUGUGAUGUGCAGCACGUGAAGAGGUGGUUCCUGCUGCUGGCGCUGCUCAACUCCGUCGUGAACCCCAUCAUCUACUCGUACAAGGACGAAGACAUGUACGGCACCAUGAAGAAGAUGAUCUGCUGCUUCUCGCAAGAGAAGAAUGGGGAGAGGCGCCCCUCCCGCAUCCCGUCCUCAGUGCUCAGCAGGAGCGACACGGGCAGCCAGUACCUGGAAGACAGCAUUGGCCAAGGCACAGUCUGCAAUAAAAGCAGCUCCUAAGCCGUGGAUGUGUCCCGGCCCACCUGGACCUCCUCUGGGAAAUGAGCUGUUAGGAAUGGCGACCUAUCCUAGCAAAACCCAUGCACAGUGUUAUUUGAGGGCUGAAUGAAUCACUGCUAGGUUAAAAAUAAAAUGGGUUUACAUAGUUAAAAGCAAGGGCAUCCAGAGGGGACCCAAUGCAUUCAGAGAAAAAUGCACAGCGGCAAGUCAUCACCGUGGAUCCUGCUUGUUGGCCUGUGAACUGCUCGGAGCCCCUGACAGCCUGGCCCUGCAUUCCCGGCCCUGCCUUUCUCUUGUAGCCAUUCUCUCUGUGUUUGAAAGGGAUGCCGUUAAAGGGCGUCAGCCAAAAUAAAGAAUAAGUAAUGUUACUUGAGCCAGCUUAUGUAGCUGCUUGGAAAAACCUAUGUAAUUCUUUCUGCAUGCAUUUAAAAGUUUUAGAAAUGCUUCCGCAAUGAUACUCUUUUCCUCAAAGAAACCAUGGCCAGUAGCUGGGUGUUCAAUAGGAAUCUAAGAAUAACAAAUCAGUGAGGGCUUCCGAUUAAACUUGAUUGUGAGCCAAAAAGGCAUACUGCAGGAAAAUACUUAAAAAUAACAACAAACAGGUAAACAUCAAAACCUCGUUUGAAGUGAAAAGACCUUGAGGGGUUCUCUAAACACGCGCGUGCGUUCCCAUGUGUAUUUAUACAGUUUAACUGUAUGUGUUAAGGCUCCAAGGACCGAGAUGAUACAGUGAAUUUAACGGUCGCCUGGACUUUCCAGUCGAGGGCUAGCGCUGUAGAAAUGACCUGUCAUGUGCUCAAGAAAAGAGAAAGAGGUGUUCACUUGAAAACGGACACUCGCGUACAGCAGACAAAUAGCCUGAAUCCUGGAUCCUCCCCCCAGGGACAAUGUGGGCUGGACUGGAGACCUUACUGUGAGUUUCCGUACCUCAGGUAGCUUACCGGAUUUAGUGUGUGGAAUAAUUGCACACCUCCUAUUUUACUUAAGGUUUUCAGCAAACACUCAGUAUAUGUCUUGCUUGCGGACUGAAUUUUUCUCUCGGUUCUCUUUUGAAUUUUUCUCCUUCAAAGACAUGAAUGGCAAGUCAGUAAAAAAGAAAAUGUUGUGUACACCUAGGCUACUGACCAACAUUUUCUAUGUAAAGCAUUUAGAUUACAUUCUGAUUUAAAAUAAGAAUCACGGGAGCAGCAGUUAGCGUAAUGGCUUAUGUUGCUGGAC